AUGAAGGAUCUGGGACCAUUGCAGUAUUUUCUUAGUAUUGAAGUGGCUUCUUCUCCCAAGGGUUACUUUCUAUCCCAAGCUAAGUAUGCCAACGAGGUUAUCCAUUGUGCCAGGCUUACUGACACUAAGCUUUCUGAUACCCCCAUUGAGCUCAAUGUGAAGCUUAACACUACUGAUGGUGUUCCUCUGGAUGAUCCUACGUUAUAUCGCGAACUUGUGGGUUGUUUAGUCUAUCUAACAGUUACUCGCCCUGAUCUUGCCUAUGCUGUUCAUGUGGGCUUGCUAUUCUCUUAUACUUCUUCGUUAGAUUUGGUGGCCUAUGUUGAUGCUAAUUGGGCUGAUGAUGUUAAUGAUCGUAAAUCUACUUCUGGAUUAGGAAUUAGUGUUAAUGUUCUAUAUCUAAUAGAACACUAUAUCAAUGAUGUAUUUGUUUAG